AUGGCUCUUCCGUCCGAGCCUCAUCGCCGUUGCCGCCACCCCAACAACCACAUCGCCUCAUUCCUCCAAUCCACUGCCUCCAACUUUGCCUCUCUCUUCAACCCCCCAAACCCUCCCUCUCUGACGCUCCCGCACCCACCCUCUUCACUUUCUCUCCCUCUCUUCUUUGCGCCGCCGCUCUCCGCCUCCAACGCCCUCGACACUGCCGCGACCUCCGCCGAGCCAGCGCGCCCCGCAGCGAAAUCAGUGCGCGUCGCGCGGCUCGGAGCCAAUGGGAAGGGCAGCGGCGGGGGGCCCGCCUUCGUUGGGCAGGUGUUCAGCAUGUGCGACCUCUCCGGGACGGGCCUCAUGGCCGUUUCCACGCAUUUCGACAUUCCAUUCAUUUCGAAAAGAACCCCUGAGUGGCUGAAAAAAAUAUUUGCAGCUAUCACCAAGAGUGAGAGGAAUGGUCCUGUAUUUCGCUUUUUUAUUGAUCUAGGAGAUGCAGUUUCAUAUGUCAAAAAGCUGAAUAUUCCUAGUGGUGUGGUGGGUGCCUGUCGUCUUGACCUAGCAUAUGAACAUUUCAAGGAAAAACCUCACUUGUUCCAGUUUGUUCCAAAUGAGAAGCAGGUCAAGGCAGCCAAUAAACUGCUGAAGACAAUAUCACAUCAUGGUGUCAGGAAAAAGGUUGAUGGGGUGCCUGUGUUUAGUGCCGAGAACUUGGAUAUUGCAAUUGCAACUACAGAUGGGAUUAAAUGGUAUACUCCCUACUUCUUUGAUAAAAACAUGCUUGACAAUAUUCUUGAAGAAGCUGUUGAUCAACAUUUCCAUACCUUAAUCCAAACUCGGCAAAUGCAGCGGCGGCGAGAUGUGGUUGAUGACAACUUGGCUGCAGAAGUGAUUGAGGAAAUGGGAGAUAAUUUAGGGGAGCCACCAGAGGUUCAGGAAUUGCUUGACGAAAUGGGUCAUCCUAGUAUACCACUAAGUGUUAUUUCAAAAGCUGCAGAACUCCAGUUUCAGUAUACUGUUGACAAAGUAUUUCUGGGCAAUAGGUGGUUGCGGAAAGCAACAGGCAUACAACCAAAAUUUCCAUAUAUGGUUGACUCGUUUGAGAGAAGAAGUGAAGCUUCCUAUCUGAGAGCUACCAAGUCAAGCAGCUGCAUUGAGAACCCUAAUGUGGAAGAUGAUAUGAAAAUUUCUGAAUGCAUAGACUCCUCUAAUUGCAGUUUGAAUGGUAAUACAGAAGCAAUCCGACAACCUAGUCUCAGACUACGUCUACCAUUUGGUAAUUGGUUUCAUCACCUGUGGCCAAAACAGUGUCACGAAAAAACAGAAUCGUCCAAAAAAGGUGUAAAUAAGGAAGAUAUGAAACCAACCCCCUUUCUUCCAAAAGUUACAAUGGUUGGUCUAUCUACAGAGGAAGCAGGUCAGAUGAGCAAAGCAAAUUUAAAGAAGACAAUGGAGGAUUUGACAAGAGAGUUGGAGAAGACAGAGCUAGAUAAUAUGACAGGUGAUGGCUCUAAAGAGUGCACAGUAGAAGAUAGGGAUCCACUAUUUGUGGCUAAUGUGGGCGACUACUAUUCUAGUUUGGGAAGAGCAGGAUCUGGUCGCUGGAUUAGAGGAGGAUCCAACUAA